UUCAUUUCGUUCAUUCGUAAAAUUUCCAAGCGCGCGAGCGUCUCCAAAAUUUCUUGAUUUAGCUGAUUCGCAAUAAUUACUGCAAAUAGUUCUACGUUUGCAGUUUUUUCCAUGCCGCUAUGGCCGUUCUCGUUUACUAAUAAAUCUACGUAGCUUAUAUCAGUGUAGGUUAAGUUGGUGUUUUUCGGUAGUUGGUACCCUCGAUAUUGUUUGUUUGCAAUAUGGUUAUUGAAAGAGUGCACGGUUUGCGAGGGACAGGUAUGUCGCUAAAUGAGAGGUUCUCGAUAUUAGCGUCGGCAGCGCCCGAUCGCGUCGCCAUGCGGCAGAAACACCGGCCCAUCGGUGCAUUCAUGAACACUAACCUGAACUUCAGAAACCGAAACAUUAUCGAACAGAUAGCAAAGCGAUUGGAGCAGCAAGCUCGAAGGCAAGCUGUGAAACAGCGUCUCGGCAUGGGCCCAACAGCUGGCCUGCGGAGAUUUGGGAGUGAGAGCAGUCUGCCUGGCCUGAGGCGGAGUAACAGCUUCAGCAGCAUUAACCAGGAUCGCAGUAUCAAGCAGAGGAUCGGUUGGAGGCAGUCCAAUGGCAAUUUGAGUCGGUCAGCGUCGUUCAGCAACUUAUCUGGCGUAUCGUUGGGAUCGCGCGGCUCGUGGGGUUCGUGGGGCGGGCGGCCGCUGCGCGGGUUCCGACGCCGCGGCGGUGGACAGCGAGCACUACGCGGCAGGUUCAGGGGUGGUCGUCAAGGCGUAGGUCGCAUUACCCGCGUACCACAGCGCGUGUUUACGCGUGGACCCCGCGUGCAGGGGCAGCAGCGAGUGGCCGCCAGGGGCACCGCCAGGGGAGCAGCUAGGGGUGGCGGCAGGGGUCGCGGCAGAGGCACAGGUGGUGUCCCCCGCAAUCAGCAGACGAAGACAGUGACCAAAGAGGAGUUAGACGCGCAGCUGGAGCAGUACAUGGCGGGCAGCAAGGCAGCGCUCGACAAGGAGCUGGACACAUACAUGAAGAAUGCCAUGGACUUGGAAUAAACAUGUGUUACCGUCGCUGUGAAGACGAAUUUAACAUCAAGUACAGGAUAUCUAGCAAGUUACUUACAUAGAUUAAACAAGAAAAGUAAAAGUGCAUGUUUAAAAUGUGCUGAGUUGAGAUUUAUACAUUAUAGAUUGCACAAUGUAUAUUUCAGUGAAGUUAAAACUUGUCGCUCGGAAUUGUUGCAAGUUAAAACUUGUCAAUCAGUCUUGUUGCAAGUUAAAACUUGUCGCUCAGACUUGGAGAUUUACAGCCAUUUUGAAUAAACAAAGCCAAUCUCAAUUUCAAAUUCGAUCUGAGAAUAAACCAAUCAAAAUGUCUUUUGUAAGUAUGUCAAAACAAACUUUGUUCCCAAUGGUCCAUUUUGAGAUAGAUCGAAAAAAGUGAGAUUGUUUAUUGAAAAUAUCAACUAGUGUUAUUCUCUUAUUUCUCUCAGGUUAAGGUCUCAACUUUUAAAGGAAAUAGGUGUGUUUUCAAGUUUGCUAGGCGUCUGAAAUCUCGUGUGUGUAAGAAUUCGUCCCAAGCGGCAAUUAACUGUGCUAAUAUUAGUGAAGUGACACAGUAACAUGACAUUAGUUCCCUACGUCUAGAAUGUGUUGAUUGUGGUUUAUUUUAUUUUUAGUUUAACAAUUGUUUUCGACAUAACUGUUGUUUGGCAAGCAUCGUCAUUCUACCAGCAUAUAACAGAAAAAUAUUUUUAAUAAAUUAGUACAUCAUGGCAUUAACCUGUCUUACUGUGUUGUUGACUUCUAUGUAAAUACUCAAACACUACUAAUACAUUUCUGAAUUCUGUCUUACUUUAAUACAGUCAAUGGUCAAGUUAUAUGCUGUUACAUCAAAUCAAUAGUAGUUGCAUAUAAUAAUUAUGUACUCUGUACUACAUUACAUAAAGUAUUUUACUCUGCGAUUAGUGAUUAUAAUUACUUCAUUAUGUAUAUGCUAGGGGGGACAGAGGCAAGUGCGUUGGUGCCACGCUAGACAAAGCCUUAGGUUUACAGAGGUCUCGCCUGUUGCAGGACUUUUGGUGAGCAUUUUUUAUAUUUCCAUCUAACCCCAAGCCCCUUAAAAAAUCUGUACCUAGCCAAUGAUUAUGUAUUAAAUAGAAACAUGUCUAUAUUCUUAAGUCAACUUUCUUGUAAAAAUAACAUUUUAGGUAAUUUAGAUAUUUAUAAGAGCUGAUUUACACAUGGCGGUUUGCGUUUGAUAAAAAUUAGAAAAACAAUAUUGUUGAAUCCGUUUGGCUAAAAUUGUCAGAUAUAAAAAACUCGUGGACUUUAACUCAUAUCAGUAAUCAGCUGUUAUGUACAAACAGAUACAUGUAAAAGAAUUAUUUUCGUGUUGUACGUCAUUAUUCGGGAAAACAUCAAUUCAAUAUGCUAAGAGAAAAAAAAAACAGAUAAUAUAACAUCUCGAUCAAUAACUGGCAAUCCCCUUUAUCUUCUUCCAUUAACCAGUCUUCAACAUAAAAACAUUUAACUAUAGUACCUCAGAACUCUGUAUUCUGUGACGUUACAUCAGAAUAGCUUUAUAACCAAGCUCGUCGCAAGUAAACAAAGAAGCAGAUGUAGAAACAGACAAAAUGUAAUUUUUAGAGGUCCAUAAUUCAUAUCAAAUUAAUUUUAAAAGGAUCCGGAACUUUGAAUUUACGUUUUUUUAUGUAACACGAUCGCUCGGUGUAAAUCGGCUCUUAUAUCGUAACAGCCGGGGAAACGUUAGGUUUAAAAAAUCAUUAGCUACAUAAAUGUGUAAAAUUUUCUCCGCGAUUGUUAAUUUUUUUUAUUUUAGUUGUUACUUUUUUAAUCUUCAUGGAAGAUUUGUAUUGGCGUAGGAAUGUUGAAAUGAUAAUUGUCUUGAUUAAAAAAGGUUUUUGUAAUAAUAGUGAUAAUAAUUUGAAAAACAUCAAAGGAUGCAAUAUGUCUUGUCGAUAUUAUAUUUGGAUAACUUUGUACAGUAAUCGGCAGUAAAUAUUAAACAUCAAAGUAUAGAGAGUGAUACAGUGGUAUUAAGUGAUUCUACAUUGCAUUUAGAAAGAGAUAAUCGUAUAGUAGAGCGUUGUCUCUGUCACUCAAGUCUAUGCAACGUUUUGUCGCUGGCUUGCAAGUUCUUUAGUUCGAUGUAUAUUUAGUAUUUACUUCCGUGUACUGUACUUACCAUCCAGUGUAAUUGCGUUGCCAGUAUAAAAAAAUCGAAAAAGAAAGAUUCUGAUGUGAUUGUAAUUUUGCUUAAAUAUAGUUUUUUAUCAAAUCAUUUUAGUUGUAAACAAAAAUUAUAUAAAUAUGGCGGCUCACUUACUUUUACAACCGAUAUGAUCGUUAUUAUGUAAGACUCUCCAAUUUGUCUGGAAGUUAGUGGAAUAGCUGUGCCCUAUCUAAGUUAAUUUGCUCGUGGUAGCAUAUAUUUUAUAUCCGCCCGGAUAGCGACCACCGUACAUAAGGUGUUAAAACCCGCCAUAGUAGCCAAUGUAAGUGUGUCGCGUUCCGGGAUCACCCUGUGUAUAUCCGUUUCCAUCAGACCGGCGUAAUUGUGUCGAAUGUCGAGGGGUAAUCGUCUCUCAUCAGUCGACAUUCUAUGGGACCCAACACCAUUAACAAGAGGUGCUGCAGGGUCACUAUGCCGUGCCAGUAUAAAAAGAAGUUAAUAAACUAUCAUAACUCACAUCUGCGGGUCUAUCUUAAAUGGACGAAUCAGAAUAAAGUUUGAAGUUUGAUCGCAACGCUCACAUUUUACUCACCGCCGUUCAAAAAUAGAUCCCAAUCGCUUUUUUAAUCUAUAGCAAAAAUGGAUCAACCGGAUUAUUAGAUUUUUUUAAGAUUUUUUUUUUUUUGGGAUCGAAUUAACGAUUAAGAUUGAGAUCAUUUAGUGAAAUAGGCGUUAUUCUGAUUGGUGAUUUUUAUUGAUCGAGAGAUAGCUCUCUGGUAUAAUUUUGACCGUAUUUCUGGAUGCAAGCUGUCACUUCUCUUGUGGCUGUCUUUAGUCUUGACUAUAUAUUAAAUACAUUGAUUUUUUUCAGGCCUAGACUAAUAAUUAAAGUCAAAUAUUAAAUUGGCUGAUGUGUUAAAAAAAUUGAAUCAGCUGUAAUUUGCCAAAAUACGGUUAAUCAAAUAUAUAGUUUUGGAAAGAAAAAUGGCAUUGGAUUAACUUUUGUGUGAGCCAAUGUUUGGCAUAAAAAAUAUGAAGAAGUAAUUGACUAAAAAUAUGAUGCUUAUGUAUUUUUUGUUAUCGCUAGUAACACAGGAAUAUGUAUAUUAAGGACUUAUCCCAUUGAUUAGUUCAGUAAAUUAAUACAGUGUUCUGAAUUAAAUUGAUGUAACAAAACAGUUACUAGUAAAAUAUUGUUUAACGUUUGAAAAUAAUCUGUAAAGAUGUUCUUUUUUGUUCUAACUCCAAAGUCAUGUUAGUUGUAAGUUGUGCAAAUCGAUUGAUUUUAGACCUAAAAGACAAGGUUUUAAGUUCUGUUUUAUAAUGCUCAAAUAUACAGUAUCUUUCAGAAAGUCUUAGCGCGUCAAGUAUAGACAUACCAUAGAUUAAUUAAUCUGUAAGAAUUGACAUCUGUAUAAUAUACUAUAAAAUCACUUCAUAUUCUGGUAUAUUUAUAAGUCGCUGUAUUGUACUAGAAAUGUAUACAAAUAUCUACUCUCAUAUCAAAUUUGUACAGUAUUUGGCCUAAUUUAAUAUAUAAUUUCUCCUUUUCAAGUGUAAGCAGAGAUGUAACUCACAUUUCGGUAGUUGUUAGGUUCUGUAUAAUAGCCAUCAAACAUUUUGAGCACAUUACCACAGUACAAAAUUCCUCUCUGCUGUGGGGUAUUCAAGUUUGGUCUCUAUUAUAAUCGGGUGAGAUUAUAUUGCCAUUGACCGGACAUAAUUCCUGACUCCAGUCCGAUACUGAGCAGAAAAACUCUAUAUGACUUUAUUGUAUAAAUAUCUUGGAUUCGGGAAAUGAGCCCGAUUCCUCAGACUGAUUUUAGUACUGCGUACGCUAUACGACUUCGUCAUCGAAGUGUUCAUGAUAUAAAUAAUAGUAUCUAUUAUAUUCUGCGUGAAAUAGUGAUAACUGUAGUCUGUGUAUACUAUACUAUGUGUUUUAUAGUAUACUAUGUACAAUUUUUGCCUUAGUAGGGCCUAAAGCUAAUUGCUAGGUGUUCUAAAAGGAAUUAUUUGUACUGCUAGGCACGGGUCUCCUCUACUACUGAGAGGGUUUAGGUCUUAGUCUACGACAUUGGCCUAGUGCGGAUUGGUAGACUUCACACGCCCUCAAAACUCCUACAGAGAACUUCUCAAGUGUGCAGGUUUCCUGACGAUAUUUUCCUUUACUGUUAGGAAGUGAUAAUUCACAAAAAAUACACAAAUAAUUUAAGAAAAGUCAGGAGCAUACCCUUGGGUUUUGAUUCCGCGGAUAUUCGUCUGUACAGUGUGUUCCGCUUCCAAAUAGGCCCUUUUAAAAAGUAAGACGUGGGUAGAUACUUAUUUACAUUUCUAAAACUAGGUUUUUGCAUGGUUAUUGUCACAUACAAAGAAAAAGUCGGUUUGCAUAUUGUUGGCAAAAUUGUAAAUAUUUUAGUAUAAGGUGAAAAAUUGUUUCUCAUUAAAUACUAGAAAAUA